UUCAAUAUGAAUAUAGACACUUGUGUUGGAUUUUAGAUCUCUUUUUCAAUGAUGUUUUUUGAAAUUAAUUCAAGCGAGCAAGGCUAUUGUUCUGGAUUUAAUCCAAUUAUAAAUGAAAAUCAUAUACAAAAAAAAAAUUAACUUAUUUAUUUUUUCCAUAAUUGUUUCCAGUUUAUAGGUUUUUUCCUAUCCGACAUUUUAUCUCUGGUGCUUCAACUCGGAGUAAGAUUGCUGGAUCCAGGGUUUUGCACGGACAAUAACAGCCAUAUGCGUCACGGAGGAGGAGAGAUGAGGGGGACGGAGUAAUGAGGGAGGUUCAGUGGUUGUAAGACAGCUUGUACAGCGUGAACGUACAUUGCGAUUAAGGUCCGAGAGGGGUUCCGACGUGACCGACUGGAAGGGACGGCACCGUAUAUACGCCCACACUACACAUUUUGAUUGAUGCAUUGACGCUCAUUGUAGCUAUGCAGGGUGCUCCAGUCAAUAUAGUGGUUGGAUCAUUUGUUUGGCUGGAAGAUCCUGAGGAAGCAUGGGUAGACGGGGAAGUUAUGGAAGUAAAUGGUGAAGAGAUCACCGUAGAUUGUACAUCUGGGAAGACGACUUACACAGGCAAUAUAUUGAUUGCCGUCAACCCCUUCCGGCGCUUACCUCAUCUAUAUGAUAGUCAUAUGAUGGGACAGUAUAAAGGGGCUGCGUUUGGUGAGCUGAGCCCACAUCCUUUUGCUAUUGCAGAUUCUGCAUACAGACUGAUGUUCAAUGAGGGCAUAAGCCAGUCAAUUUUAGUUAGUGGGGAGAGUGGAGCUGGUAAGACAGAGAGUACAAAGAUGCUCAUGCGUUAUCUUGCCCAAAUGGGAGGGAGGGCUGCAGCAGAGGGAAGGUCUGUGGAGCAGCAAGUGUUAGAGUCCAAUCCUGUUCUAGAAGCAUUUGGUAAUGCAAAGACACUGAGAAAUAAUAACUCAAGUCGUUUUGGAAAAUUUGUCGAGAUUCAGUUUGAUGAUAGGGGGAGGAUUUCGGGAGCUGCCAUCAGAACUUAUUUGCUGGAACGAUCUCGUGUUUGUCAGGUGUCUGAUCCUGAGAGAAAUUAUCAUUGCUUUUAUAUGCUUUGCGCUGCACCAACAGAGGACAUAGAGAAGUACAAAUUGGGAAAUCAAAGAACCUUUCAUUAUCUUAAUCAAUCAGAUUGCUAUGAACUGGAUGGAGUCGAUGAUUCUAAGGAGUAUCUUGCACUUAGGACAGCUAUGGAUGUUGUUGGGAUAGGUUCUGAUGACCAGGAUGCAAUAUUCAGAGUUGUGGCUGCAAUACUACAUCUAGGCAAUAUUGAGUUUGCGAAAGGAGAGGAAACAGAUUCAUCUGAACCUAAGGAUGAUAGAUCUUGGUUCCAUCUCAAAACUGCAGCUGAACUGUUCAUGUGUGAUGAGAAGUCUCUUGAAGACUCAUUAUGCAAACGUGUCAUUGUGACUCGUGACGAGAGUAUUACAAAAUCACUUGAUCCAGAUGCUGCCACUGUCAAUAGAGAUGCCUUGGCCAAAAUAGUGUAUUCGAGGUUGUUUGACUGGCUUGUGAACAAGAUCAAUAACUCAAUUGGUCAAGAUCCUGAUUCAAAAUUCUUAAUUGGGGUUCUGGAUAUAUAUGGAUUUGAGAGUUUCAAGACAAACAGCUUUGAGCAGUUUUGUAUAAAUUUGACCAAUGAAAAGUUGCAACAGCAUUUCAACCAGCAUGUUUUUAAGAUGGAGCAAGAAGAAUAUACCAAAGAAGAAAUUGAUUGGAGUUAUAUUGAAUUCAUAGAUAACCAAGAUGUUCUUGAUCUCAUUGAGAAGAAACCUGGGGGCAUCAUUGCUCUUCUUGACGAGGCUUGUAUGUUUCCUAGAUCAACACAUGAGACAUUUGCAGAAAAGCUUUAUCAGACAUUCAGAGACCACAAACGCUUCAGCAAGCCUAAGUUGGCUCGUAGUGACUUCACCAUUUCUCACUAUGCUGGUGAUGUAACUUACCAAACUGAGCUCUUCCUGGAUAAGAACAAAGAUUAUGUUGUUGCGGAGCAUCAAACUCUCCUCAGUGCUUCGAAGUGUUCCUUUGUUUCAGGCUUGUUCCCACCUUUACCUGAGGAAUCUUCCAAGACAUCAAAGUUCUCAUCAAUUGGUUCUCACUUUAAGCUACAAUUGCAAGCUUUGCUUGAAACACUUAGUGCCACUGAACCACAUUACAUCCGUUGUGUGAAGCCAAACAAUGCUCUGAAGCCGGGUAUUUUUGAGAAUAAUAAUGCUUUACAGCAACUGCGUUGUGGGGGUGUCAUGGAGGCAAUUAGAAUAAGCUGCGCUGGUUAUCCCACUAGGAAGCCAUUUGACGAAUUUGUAGGUCGUUUCGGAAUUCUGGCACCUGAGGUUUUGGAUGGGAGAUGUGAUGAGGUCACUGCUUGCAAAAGGCUUCUUGAAAAAGUGGACCUCAAAGGUUAUCAGAUAGGUAAAACAAAAGUGUUUCUAAGAGCAGGCCAGACGGCAGAACUGGAUGCUCUUCGUUCUUUGGUUUUAGGAAGAUCAGCUAGCAUCAUCCAGAGAAAAGUUCGCUCCUAUCUUGAUCGCAAAAGCUUUAUCUUAUUGCGGAGUUCUGCUACUGAAAUCCAAGCCUUGUGCAGAGGGCAAGUGGCGCGUUGUCGUUAUGAAUGCAUUAGAAGAGGCGCUGCUUGUUUGAAAAUCCAGAAACAUUCUCGCAGGUAUCUGGCAAAGAAAGCUUACAAGAAUCUAUGGUCGUCAGCUGUUUCAAUUCAGAUAGGCAUGCGUGGGAUGGCUGCGCGUAAUGAACUUCGGUUCAGAAAGCAAACAAGAGCAGCAGUGGUCAUCCAGAGUUAUUGCCGACAAUACCUGGCCCAUGCUCAUUAUAGGAGGAUAAAGAAAGCAGUUAUUUCCACACAAUGUGCUUGGAGAGGAAAAGUUGCACGCAGGGAAUUGCGAAAGCUCAAAAUGGCUGCUAAGGAAACUGGUGCUCUACAAGCUGCUAAGAGUAAGCUGGAAAAGGAAGUUGAAGAGUUGACUUGGCGUUUGCAGCUGGAGAAACGAAUGAGGGCUGAUUCUGAGGAGGCCAAAACACAGGAAAAUACAAAACUGCGGUCGGCUUUGCAAGAGAUGCAGCAGCAGUUUCAAGAAACGAAGGCCCUGCUUCUGAAGGAACGUGAGGCAACAAAGAGAGCCUCUGAACAAGUCCCAAUCAUACAGGAGGUCCCAGUUGUGGAUCAUGAAAUCAUGAAUAAACUUACUGCAGAAAAUGAACAGCUCAAGGCUAUGGUAAGUUCAUUAGAAAAGAAAAUUGAUGAAACAGAAAAGAAAUAUGAAGAAACAAGUAAGCUUAGUGAAGAGCGGUUGAAGAUGGCUCUGGAGGCAGAGACAAAGAUUAUCGAGUUAAAAACUUCGAUGCAGAGGCUGGAAGAAAAGCUCUCCGAUAUUGAAGCUGAGGACCAAAUUCAGCGGCAGAAAAUGUUGUUAAAUCCCUCUAUUAGAAGAAUGUCAGAGCAUUUGGCAAUCCCAGAAGCUCUGCCUCAAGAAAAUGGCCACCGUGAACCACAAAAGUCUUCUUCUGCAAAAAAGUUUGGCACAGAUUCAUCAAAAAAAUUGAGUCGGUCUCAGAUCGAACGGCAACAAGAGAGUGUAGAUGCUCUAAUCAAAUGUGUGACGGAAAAUGUUGGCUUCAGUCAAGGAAAACCAAUUGCGGCAUUUUCCAUAUACAAAUGUCUUCUCCACUGGAGAUCAUUUGAAGCGGAAAAAACUACUGUUUUUGACCGUCUAAUUCAGAUUAUUGGAUCUGCGAUUCGCGAGAAUGGGGAUGACAAUGUUCCUAUGGCUUAUUGGCUAUCUAAUUCCUCAACCUUGCUGUCCUUGCUUCAAGGGAGUUUGAAAGGCACUAGUGGUGCAAGGCCUCCUCAAGCUUCAUUAUUUGAGAGAAUGACUCAAGGUUUUCGUUCGUCCCCUUCUUCUGCCAACCUUUCCGUUGGUACACUACAUCCGGUUGAGUUUAAGCAACCAGCUAAGCUUUUUGAGGACCAACUAAGUGCUUUUGUGGAAACAAUAUAUGGAAUCAUUCGAGACAAUCAGAAGAAGGACUUGUCUCCACUUCUAGCUGCUUGUAUCCAGGCUCCCAGGACAUCAAGGAGUAGUGCUCUGAAGUCUUCUGGGCGAUCAUUUGGCAGUAGCCUUCCAGCUAGUCCAUGGCAAAGCAUUAUAGAGAGCCUUGAUGGCCUCCUCUCUGCCUUGAAGGAAAAUUUUGUGCCCCCAGGUCUUGUCAAGCGAAUGUUUUCUCAAAUCUUUUCAUAUAUUAAUAUACAGCUAUUCAAUAGCCUUCUUCUUCGUCGUGAGUGCUGCACAUUCAGUAAUGGUGAGUAUGUAAAGUCUGGGUUGGCUGAAUUAGAACUAUGGUGUGCCCGAGCAAAAGACGAGUAUGCAGGUUUGUCAUGGGAUGAACUCAAACACACAAGACAAGCUGUUGGAUUUUUGGUUAUACACCAGAAAUCAAGAAUUUCAUUUGAUGAAAUUAAAAAUGACCUCUGCCCCGUCUUAAGUAUUCAACAGCUUUAUAGAAUAAGCACACUAUACUGGGAUGACAAUUACAACACUCGAAGUGUAUCCCCAGAUGUGAUUUCCAGCAUGAAAGUUUUAAUGUCAGACGAAUCCAAUGAAGAUAGCAGCUCCUUUUUGUUGGAUGACAAUUCUAGUAUUCCUUUCUCAUUGGAUGAAAUUUCUAGUUCCCUUCAAGAGAAAGAUUUGAGUGAAGUCAAACCUGCUACGGAACUUCUUGAGAAUCCAGCCUUCCAAUUUUUACAGGAUUAGGGCUAUGGUUCUUGUCUUUCUCCUCAUCUUCGAGAUUUAGGCAUUUAGCUAAGAUUGAAGAGGAACAAGAAGUCCUGCAGUCAAUGCUGCACUGUAAAUUCUUCUCCAAUUUUAUCUUUUUGUUCUUCUUCUUUCUUUUUUUUUCUAGCAUCCAUUGCCUCAUGUAUUAUUAUUCUUUUUUAAAUUAGGGUUGUAAAAAAUUGGCUAGGCUGAUUUAGAUAAUUAAGGGGGCAGGGGCUGCGUUUGACACUUUCUCUAGCUCUGUUUUGUCACUCCCUUUCUCACCUCCUUUUUAAUUUAUUUAUUUUAUAAAAAUCUCAACUAGGGUUUUUUUAAA